GAGGCCGCGGGAGGGAGGUGGGGGGCAGGUGGGGGAACGCGGGAGGGAGCGCGGAGGAGAGCGGAGGCCAAGUGCAUUGUGUCUGGCGGCGGCGCGCGAGCCCACCGGCGGCUGCGGCGGGGCGGGAAGCCAUGGAGCCGCGGGCGCUCGUCACGGCGCUCAGCCUCGGCCUCAGCCUCUGCUCCCUGGGGCUGCUCGUCACGGCCAUCUUCACCGACCACUGGUACGAGACCGACCCCCGGCGCCACAAGGAGAGCUGCGAGCGCAGCCGCGCGGGCGCCGACCCCCCGGACCAGAAGAACCGCCUGAUGCCGCUGUCGCACCUGCCGCUGCGGGACUCGCCCCCGCUGGGGCGCCGGCUGCUCCCGGGGGGCCCGGGGCGCGCCGACCCCGAGUCCUGGCGCUCGCUGCUGGGGCUUGGCGGGCUGGACGCCGAGUGCGGCCGGCCGCUCUUCGCCACCUACUCGGGCCUCUGGAGGAAGUGCUACUUCCUGGGCAUCGACCGGGACAUCGACACCCUCAUCCUGAAAGGUAUUGCACAGAGAUGCACGGCUAUCAAGUACCACUUCUCUCAGCCAAUCCGCUUACGAAACAUUCCUUUCAAUUUAACCAAGACAAUUCAGCAAGAUGAAUGGCACCUGCUUCACCUGAGAAGAAUCACGGCUGGCUUCCUGGGCAUGGCGGUGGCCGUCCUGCUCUGCGGCUGCAUCGUGGCCACGGUCAGUUUCUUCUGGGAGGAAAGCUUGACCCAACACGUGGCCGGACUCCUUUUCCUCAUGACAGAAAUCUCUCCAUCCAACACAGAGCUUGAACUUACAACCCUGAGAUCAAGUGUCACACACUUUUCCGACUGAGCCAGCCAGGCACACCCGCUCUGCAGUUUUCAAUCAAUGAGCUGCAUUUCUAAACCAGAGCACAUACUGCCCUUUGUAAUUCUGUAAAGAAUGCCAGACCUAUUUUUAUAAGCAUAGAACCUCUCUUUACUGAUUGACCUUCAGGAGCUCCUGUCUUUGGCGGUAGCCUAAAGGUAUGACAGCAAUUUUAAUUACCUUCCUGGCACUGCCCCCUCAGAACAUUCUGAGAAAUUCCCAUGUCACCAGGGCUGCUCAAAGAUUAAUAUUUAAGUGGGGUAGAUCCUCCUUACUUUGUCCUGUGAAAACAUCCCUGGUGGCUUUUUGAAAAUUAUUAAAAUGAAAGCAAUUACUCCAAAAAGAAGGCUAGCUAGUCUUGUGUUUAGAGACAGGCUAGGAACUCCGAGACUCAAGACUUCUAGUCCUUGUUUCAUGAGUCUAGCUGUGAGCUCCUGAAAGUCAAUCAUCUCUCCUGGGCCUCUGGAGACAUUCAGGAGCUGAUGGGCUUUCCAGGGACACAGGCAAGGCCACACGUGUAACACGCCCAUGAAAUACUUUCAACGCCUCUGCAAACUUUUCUAUUCUUUUCCAAGUUGAACGUGAACUCAUCCUUUGUAACGUGAACUGAUUUUAAAAGCACAGCGUGUAGAUGACACCAACAAUGCAAUGAAGCUAUCCGAUGCUGUGUCGAUAGAAGGGCAUCUUCCCAGCUUCUUAGUACACAUCAAGGAGAGCACUUCAUGUUCUGCUUCUCUUUGAGAGGUUGGUCCCUGUGCAGCGACUUCAAAACAAAAUGUCAGGACAGCCUUGGGAGGAAUGUGGAAGCUCUGGCUGUCAUCCCUGUCGACAGUAGAGGAAAUAGACUUUGAGCCUGAACCUAAGGUCUCUCCGCCAGUCUCUGGCAAGGUGUCUAAGUCCCCAGAAAGUGAGAUCUGUAGGGUUUGAGGCCCACGUGUCUAAGGAUCUGUGUUCCCACAAACACGUCGAUGAAGCACUAGUCUCUGCUUUAUAUGCCUCUGCGGUGACUAUGGUAAAUUGCUAUCAUGCCAACAUGUUUCUCAAGUAAAAUGGACUUGGGAAUUGAAAUUAAACCAACUGUGAAAGGUAAUCUGGGGGACAUAACGCAACUGAUUAA